AUGAGCAACAGGUUUAUGCAUUUAACUAACUACAGCGUAAACAAGGAGAGUACAUCUUUUGUGAGAAGUCAGAAUCCAGACGCUGAAGACUGUGGCAGUCAAUGGAGCUUCAGUGGUCUGUUGCGUUACUUAAAUAAGAACUGUAAGGACACACCAACCCUCAUCUCCAAUAUAGAGGAUCUUGUCAUCAAGACAAUUAUUUCCGCAGAAGAAACAAUCACCACGUCAUGCAGAUAUACACCUCACAAAAUAAACUGUUUUGAACUCUAUGGCUUUGAUGUAUUGAUCGAUGAGAACCAGAGUCCCUGGCUCCUGGAGGUUAACACGUCUCCAUCUGUAACUUGUGAUGAUUUCCUCAAUUUAAAAAUCAAGAGCAAUUUGACUGCAGAUAUGCUUUCUUUAGUCGGUGUGAAGUGUAAGAAUCCUGUGGAGAAAAAAGAAAAACUUACCAUAGCUAACGCAUACAAUUAG